UGGAGCUUGUAAGCGAGUAAAAAGAUGACAUUCGUGUGAGCAUUUGUUUCAUUCGGAUUGUUGUCCGUGUCUCAUAAUUGUUGAGACAUUCGGUAUUUACACAGACCAGAUAACUUAUAUGUUUGAUAUCUAACCCCAUAGCCAGGUUAAAGCGGAUCUUGCUACUACUACCUAGGCCUUGAAUCUAUUUACGCCUACUAACAAUACCUACCUAGUAGUAGUAUUAUACUCAUCAUUACAACACUUUUCGCAUUUAUCCAGCACCUACCUCUCCCGUUCCCAUGUCUGAUGGAAAUAACAACGCCUCCUUACCCGGCACUGGCGGCAACGGGCAAUUUGGGCUUUUAAUGACACUUCUGCCCAAACUCCCUUUAGUCUUCAAAGUCAUUAUACUUCACGUUCUCCGGAGAUCCGAAACAUCCAAGUACUUAGACCUGAAGAGCGAUGUAACCAUCUCGGUCCUACGAUCAACUCUCAACUCGGGGAAGCCGGUAGCCAUCAGAGAAACGCAGAUAAUAACGUCCCGGGAUCCCGGCGUCAAAGGCAAAAUAUGGAUCAGCACGGCGGUUUCCCAAGUUCCCCCAGAGCAAGGGAUCCGAAAUGCCCUGUUGGCGGCUAUCGACGGCAUGCGCGCCUCUGACGCAAGAGGCGCAAAGCCAUCGUUUAUAAUCCCCGAUAUCAUCCCCAUCGAGGCCGAGUGGACGGGCUACAGGGCAGGCGCGACGAAGGACUCUCUGCCGCCGGCAGUCUCGGAGGAGGAAAAGUACCGCGAGAUGAUGAAGGAGACGAAGAAUAAAUCGACAAUCUUGUUUUUCCACGGUGGCGCCUAUUACGUCUGCGAUCCGAUCACACAUAGAGGUUUAGUGAAGAACAUAGUCAAGGCAACUGGUGGACGCGCGUACUCCGUACGUUACCGACUCGCGCCCCAAAAUGCAUUUCCAUCCGCGGUAUUAGACGCACUGGUAUCAUACUUCACUCUCCUCUACCCACCUCCAGGGUCCUUCCACGAAGCCGUCGCCCCCAGCGAUAUCGUCAUUUCCGGAGACAGCGCGGGCGGGAACCUCGCGCUCGCGCUUAUCCGAACGGUGAUGGAGAUCCGGCGACAGAACCUAAAGAUCGCAUGGUUUGGCGUGGACCGCGAGGUACCGCUACCGGCGGGCGUGGCCACCAUCUCGCCGUGGGUGGAUCUGGUGCAAUCUAUGCCUUCGCUCGUCGACAACCAGCAGUGGUGCUACCUCCCUCCUCCGAUCCUACUCUCGGAAACGCUCAAGCCAAAGCCCGACGGCCUGUGGCCGACCGAUCCGCCCCGCAGACAUCUCUACGUCGACGAUGCGUAUAUCCUACACCCUCUAGCUACGCUGCAGAUGAACACAAGCUGGGAGGGAGCGCCGCCGAUGUAUGUGUGCUGUGGCUGGGAGACUAUUGCCGAUGAGGAUAGAUACUUGGUCUCGAAGCUCACGCGGGACGGCGUCACGGUCGUGUUUGAGGAGUACGAGGCUAUGCCGCAUGUCUUCGUAGCCGUUCUCCCAGAGCUGGCGGAGUCACAUCGGAAUAUUCAGGGUAUAGCAAAGUUUAUAAAGGAUGUGUGUGGGAACCCCGAGACAAUGAAGUCGUCGUACACGACGAUUAAGGCGAAGAGUUUAGAGGAGGUUGAGUUCGAUGUGGGUAAGCUGAGCCCGUUUACCGACGAGCAGGUGUGGGAUAUGGCGAGGCGGCAGGUCAAGGAGAAUAAUGUGCCUCAGGUGCCUGUUGCUGAUGUGCCGGCGAAGUUAUAGAUUUGGGGGUUUAUGUGGAAAAAGAUCAUGGUUUAUAACUGGUCAUUUGGUUUCAGUCAUACAUCCGGUUGUGAAGCAUAGAGCGUUGGAUUUCUUUGGCGUUCAUAGGAGAGAGAGCCAUUGAGAAGCACUGAAGAAUGAAGAAGCAUGUAUGAUUUCAAAUUUUUGAAAACACAUCACAAUAAAAAGCGUAUAUACUUACCUACA